CGCAGUGGAAGGCCGCUGCGGAGGAUGCCCCGUAGGAAGAGCCGGGCCAAAGGAGGGCGUGGCCGGCCAGGUAUUGCUAUAUAACCUCCGCCGACUCAUCUGCCGGUCAUCACUCCGCCACAGUCACCCUCCCAGACACCGCCAAGACUCAGCCAUGAAGCUCCUGGUGUUGCUCGCCGCGGCCGCCGUCUGCGCAGGCGCCCCACAAAUGCUGCAGCCGCUGCCCUACAUCCCCAGCCCAGCCAUCGCCUACACCAGCUCUCUCACGCCCGCCGUCACCAAGAUCCAGAGGCCAGGCGUCCAGCUGCACUUCCCCGCCAACGUCAGGUUCGUGGCGCCCGCACCAGUGGCCCAGCCCGUGGUCCAGGCGGUGCCUCACCCCGUCCAGUACCAGGCUCCUACCGUUGCUGUCGCUCCCGCCCCCGUUGCCUCCCCUGUGGUGGUGGCUGCCGCCCCUGAGCCCCUCAACGCCCCUGAGCCACCCAUGCCCGCCGUGGGCACUCCCUUCGUGGGUGGUCAGUUCCAUGCUCAGGACGAGCUCAAGCAGUACUCCUUCGGCCACUGGGGCGGCCCCAGCACCCGCGUGGAGACCAGGGACGCCCUGGGACGCACAAAAGGAAGCUUUGCCUACGUCAACCCCAAGGGAGAUGUGCACGUGAGGAAGUACGCUGCUGCUCCCGCCAUGGGCUUCAAGGUGGCCGCCUCAGACCUUCCCGACGACACCCCCGCAGUGGCCAGCCUCAAGGCCGCCCACGAGAAGAGUUUCCGCACCAUCAAGGAGAUGAUCAUGAGCGCCAGGGCGUAACGCGCGUCACGCUGUCCUUUACAUGCUACAUGCCUGUCGCCGCCGCUCAAGAGACGCGCGUGCUGGGAACACUUGUGAUUCCCUGCUCGCUGCGUCUCCUCACUGUACAGGGAACGUGCGCAUCAAGAAAGCAUAGCAACACCUCGACCACCUUCUCUGUUCGCCUUUCCACUCGUUUGUCAUAAAACGAAUGUCAAGCGAGCCUGAUGAAUCAAACUUAUAAAUAAUUAUUACCACAGAUUAUUUACUUAAUAAAUAUUGACUAAAA